CAUCCUCGACGUCCUCUCUCCCAUUGUACUUGUAUCCUCUCCUCAUCAUGUCCUUCGCUCGGAAUCUCCUGCGCACCACGCGCGCCCUCCGCACCACCCAGAGCCCUCUCCAGUCCGCACUCUCCACUCGAGGACAGCAACAGUUCGCCGCCACCGCCGCAUACACAGCACGAGGAUAUGCCACCGUAUUUGAGCGCAGCAAGCCUCACGUCAAUAUUGGAACCAUUGGCCACGUCGAUCACGGAAAGACCACCCUCACAGCAGCCAUCACCAAGCGACAAGCAGAAAAGGGCUUUGCCAACUUCCUCGAAUAUGGCGCCAUUGACAAGGCUCCCGAGGAGCGCAAGCGCGGUAUCACCAUCUCCACCGCCCACAUCGAAUACCAGACCGACAACCGCCACUACGCCCACGUCGACUGCCCCGGUCACGCCGAUUACAUCAAGAACAUGAUCACAGGAGCUGCGUCCAUGGACGGAGCCAUCAUCGUGGUGGCCGCCAGCGACGGACAAAUGCCUCAGACUCGCGAGCACUUGCUCCUCGCCCGCCAAGUUGGUGUGAAGAGAAUCGUAGUCUUCGUCAACAAGGUCGAUGCGAUCGAGGACAAGGAGAUGUUGGAGCUCGUCGAGAUGGAGAUGCGCGAGCUGCUCUCCUCGUACGGCUUCGAGGGCGACGAGACUCCCAUCAUCAUGGGUUCCGCUCUUUGCGCUCUCGACGGCCGCCAGCCAGACAUUGGCGUUACCCAAAUCGACAACCUCCUCGAAGCCGUUGACACCUGGAUUCCCACACCCGAGCGAGACACCGACAAGCCCUUCCUCAUGUCCGUCGAGGACGUCUUCUCCAUUCCCGGCCGUGGCACAGUCGCCUCUGGCCGUGUCGAGCGUGGAGUGCUCAAGCGCGACUCCGAAGUUGAGUUGGUCGGCAAGAACGCCGCGCCCAUCAAGACCAAGGUCACCGACAUCGAGACCUUCAAGAAGUCCUGCGACGAGUCUCGCGCUGGCGACAACUCCGGCCUUCUCCUCCGCGGUAUCAAGCGCGACGAUGUUUCACGAGGAAUGAUCAUCGCCCUGCCAGGAACGACCAAGGCCCACCGCAAAUUCUUGACAUCCCUCUACGUCUUGACCAAGGAGGAGGGUGGACGACACACGGGGUUCCACAACAACUACAAGCCGCAGCUGUUCAUUCGCACUGCUGAUGAGGCUGCUACCUUGACGUGGCAGGACGGAAGCGAGGCGUUGGCGGAGAACAAGAUGAUUAUGCCGGGUGACAACGUGGAGAUGGUGUGCGAGAUUCACAAGCCAUUGGCUGUGGAGCAGGGACAACGAUUCAAUGUCCGAGAGGGUGGACGCACGGUGGCUACUGGUUUGAUCACCCGUCUGUUGGAUUAA